AGUUCGAGGACCUGAAGCCGCCGUCAGGCGGGGCGGAGCUGGCGGAUCGAAGCCGCCGGCGCAGCAACUCGCCUCCGGCGGACGUCUCCCGGCUCGGCGGCGGCUCAGAGAGCGGGGAGAGCGCACACCGGCCGCAGAAGCGGCUGCGGCCCGACACGUUGCGCACCCGGCUGUUCGGGCUGCCGGCACGGCCGCGGCCUCUCAAGCUGAAGCGGGUCAGUCCGGCCGUCAAGUGUUCGCAGUACCUGGACAGCCUGAGCGUGCCGCCAGGCGAGCGCGACCGCGUGACGCCUGUCUUCGAGCGCGAGAGCGACAUGACGAUCGCCGACUUCGUCAAGAAGCGCCAGAAGGUGUUGUUUGACGUGCAGUCGACCAACAGCGCCGACGGCGUGUACGAGACGUUCGACCUGGACGAGAGCAGCUCGGACGCUGCGUCGCCUCCGCCGGCGCCUGCGGGCGCGACGCACAAGCGCGUCUCGUAUGGCUGCGUCAGGGUCAUGCGGUACCGCCGCGCUCCGCCGCCGCCGCCGCGCCGUCGGCCGCAGUACAACCCCUACCUGGACGGCAGGAUCGAGGAGGAUUACCCGGAGCUGGUGGGCGCGCCCGUCCGCCGCCCCUCCGUCACCGAGGCCGCGGAGGUGCCGGAGGUCACGACGGCCAGGGGAGGACGGUGCGGUCUCCAUCCGAGCCCGUCCAUGAAGUUCGCCGACGAGGAUGACCUUUCGCCGACGGGGCCGAGCCAGCGUCUGCCGCCGUGUACGCGGCUGGGUCAGGAGAACUCGUCACCGACGCCUGACCGGGCGGGCCAGCCGGCCUCUUGCCAUCAGGAGUCGACACCAGGAGUCGCUCUCGCCAGGAGCCGUACUCUGCGCUCGGGACCGCAGGAGUCCCCGGCGUCACCGACGCAUCCGUCUCCGCACAGCUGGACGCCCGAUGCUGGAGUACCGCACGGCGACGCGCGCUCUGUUCCAAUGACGGGAAUCUCCGGAGCCAAGCCAAGUAGCCGUGGCAACGUCGAAGUGCCAGCAAGGCCAGCUGAUUUCAUACAUUUUGAUAGAAUGCCAGUGAAACCCGUGCAAGCUUUCGACGACGGGGCUGGGGGUGCCCCGUUCAAAGACGAGUUCAACGCCUCUGUGGAUUCGGCGGUGGAAGAGCUGUCACUUACAAUGUCCUGUGAGAUGGCAGGCGAUAGUGUACCUUAUUUCUACAAGAUCUGUUCGACCGACGACUCUGCCGAGGGCGGCAAGACCGUCGGGAUUGCUGGCACAACCUCUUCCGGUCUAAUGUCACAUCCGGAGUCGGCAACUGCAUCCGCUGAACCGCCGGCGGGCUCUGAUGCUGCUGUUGAAACGUGUGAUGUGCUCGUCGGUAGCGUCCAGAAUAGUGCAGAGCAGCUGCCGUGUGGGAAGGAUAGGCAUGGUGAAGUAUGCAUGAGUGGGAGUAGAGGGUCUGAUAGCUCCGGUAGACGGUGCAGUGGAUUUGCAGAGAACAGAGGACCAGAGAACCCAGAGAACAGAUCAGUGCACGUUCUCUCGGUACAUGCAGUGGCAAUGCCACUGCCUCCUCAUUUGGAAGCUACGUUGAGCUCAAUGACAUCUGACUCAUGCUGUCUUACCGGUGCGGAAGACGGACGCGAUACCGGAAGUGACACGAUGCUCGUAUUUGAUGGCCACCACGACGACCUAAACGAACUGGAAGACUCGGCCUACAUGUCGCGCAGCGACGAGCUUCUCGAAAAGCACACGAAGAAGAUGCUGUCGUCGGCGGUGUCCAGCAGCUUUUCCAGCCUGGCCAGGAAGACGGGCUCCAUUCCGAGCUCUCUGGACCAGUCGGACAGACAGCUGUGCCCCGCCGACGAGCUGUUGACUUGCAAGAGCGAAGAGGUGCUGCCCACCUUCCGCCGGGACGACGCCGCCGCCGCCGUCGCGUCUGCCGGCUCGCCGGCGCUGCUGCAGCGCUACGGCACCAGCUGCAACCUCACCUGGGACGUGAGGCAAGGCUUCGUGCCGUGCCAGCGCAGCCGGCGGCCCUACGGCCAGCUGGUAGCCAAGAAGAGGGCCGCGUUCGAGAGGGCAGCCGAGGGUGAGCCGGCGCGGGCCGGUGAGGCGGCACGAGCCCCACUGGACGCCGCCGCGCCGCGCGUCCGCGAUCUGGCAGCGCUGUGGGAGGCGGGCGGGCCGCCACUGCGGGAUCCGCCCGAAGACGCGUCGCCAGCCACGCCAUCCAGCAAGCACAACUUCAUGUCGUCGGGCUCGCUGGCCACCUCGGCGUCGGCAUCGGAGCUCGACUCGCGCUCGGGGCUGGACGACGCCACACUGGCGCCGUCCAGCGGCGACAGCCAGAGCUCGCUGCUGGGCGCGCUGCCCGAGCUGGAAGACGAGGUGGCGCCCGACCUGGCGCCGGAUAUUGCCGACACCGCCUGGCCUAGGACGGAGAAGACACUGCCUCUCUCUGACAUCGAGGAGAUUACUGAAGAGAUGGACGGCUUCGUGUCUGGCUCAGACGUUCUGUCGCCCAUCAGCGAGGACGCACCUCUCGCCCCGCUGCAGGCGCGUGAACGAGGCGCCAUGCAUUGCAAACCUCGGACGCAGUCAAACGCGGCUACAAAGCUGACAUCAAAUGUUACAACGUCCGAUUCCGUCAAUCAGGUGAAAUGUCGAACAAACAGUGAAGCAAAACAGCAGAUGUCGGCAGGAGCGGAGUGUUAUGAAGACCGGAGUCGUUUCGAAGCAGCGGACACCGGCCACAACACGGCGCAGAAGUGCAGCCCGGUGGAGGUGGAAGGCGGCGCGGCGAGGGACGACACAACUGUCGUCACCGAUAGCAGGAGGUCCUCGGACCCCAGUGUUGAGCAGGCUCUGGAGGUCAUCUCUCGCAGCUUCGGUGACAUCUGCGCUGAGUGUUUGCGUUACGAAGCGGACGAAUUAGCCCCAGAGGAACCCAAGCAGCGGGAGGAGGAUGAAGAUGUGAGCACUGAGGAGGCAGACCGUCAGAUUGACCGUCAGAUUGACCGUCAGAUUGACCGUCAGAUCGACCGUCAGAUCGACCGUAGCACACAGCGUCACACACAGAGAAGUAUGCAGGACACUGUUCCGACUUCACCGCCAAGGGCGCCUGAGAAGGCCAUGGAAGCUCUCGAGGAACACCGAGAAAAACGCGGCGAUGGCGAGCGCUCUGGGCUAGCUAGCAGCCAGACGUACUGCCAGCUGAACAACAGUGAUGAUGUUGCGCAGUCGGUGACCAAAGGCCACCUUCCGCUGGAGGAUCAAGCAGAUGGGUACGCCUGUGACCAACGGGGGGCAGCCGGGGGGUCACGAGAGGUCACCCAACGGACAGAGACACGGGAGACAACGCCAAACAACAGUCAGCGGGGAAAGAGAGAGGAGACAUCCCCAAAGAACAGUCCAAAGAAGGAGACAAAAGUGACAUCAGAGGCGACUGUUCAACACGGUGUGGCGACGGGCGGGCAGCCGUGUGAGGCCUACCGGCGGUGCGAGUCACCCGAGGCAGCCCUCACCACGGCGCCGCCGCGUCCGUCGCCCGACUCGACCGCCGGCUCCCGCUAG